GGGUAACGGGUGACGGAUGACGGGUGGCGGUGCUUGGACUUGCUCGGAACACCUUCGGUACGACGCGCGGAAGAAUGUUCUUCUGGACCAAUAUCCUUCAGGCAGGAUGGCGGGUAACAAAACAACAGGUAGUGUCUUGCAAUUUAGACCGAUUGAGGUGUCUCAACAACUACAAGAUGGAGAAAAAUUCAUCAAAUGGGAUGAGGAUUCUGGUAUAGUAACUCCAGUAACAUUGAAGGUAGACAAGUUUGGAUUCUAUUUGCAUUGGGUGGAUCAACAUAAUGAGAUGGAUAUGUUGGAUAUUGCUGUAAUAAGAGAUACAAGAACUGGGAAACAUGCAAAAGUACCAAAGGAUGCCAAAUUAAAGCAUCUCGUGACAAUGGGUUCUCAAGAUUCUUUAGAGGAAAAGACAGUAACAAUUUGCUAUGGAUCUGACUUUGUCAAUAUGAAUUUUAUUAACUUCUGUACAACACGAGCAGAAGUUGCACAACAUUGGACAGAGCAAAUUUUUCAGCUCGCGUAUAAUUUAUCUCUAUUAAAUAUCAGCACAACUAUGUUUUUACAAAAAGCACACACUAAACUUACACUUGGAGCUGAUAAGUCAGAAAAGAUUCCUGUAAAGAACAUAAUAAGAAUGUUUACGCAAAAUAAAGAAGAUCGUAAACGCGUCGAGAAAGCACUUGAUAUUUCCGGUUUUCCAUCUGGGAAAAAUGAUGUAAUAUCAUUACAAAAAUUUCAAUUUGAAGAUUUUUUCAACUUUUAUAAAUCUCUUACUCAACGAUCGGAUGUUGAAAAAGUUUUCGAACGCAUCGUAGGCAAUAAUAAACGUAGGCUAAUGUCCAUUACCCAAUUUGUUGAUUUUUUGAAUAAAACUCAAAGAGACCCACGUUUAAACGAGAUAUUGUAUCCUUAUGCAAAUGAGGCGAGAGCAAAGGACAUUAUAAGUCAAUAUGAACCAAAUAAAUGUAAUGCCAACCGGGGUCAACUAAGUUUCGAUGGAUUUUUGAGGUAUUUAAUGAGCGAAGAUAACCCAAUCGUAGCUUUAUCGAAACUUGAAUUAUCGGAUGAUAUGGAUCAGCCGCUUGCGCAUUACUUUAUAAAUUCUAGUCACAAUACAUACUUAACAGGACAUCAACUUACCGGAAAAAGUUCCGUUGAAAUAUAUCGUCAGUGUCUGCUUGCUGGUUGUAGAUGUGUAGAAUUGGACUUUUGGAACGGAAAAUUUGAUGAACCUGUCAUUGUGCAUGGAUAUACAUUUGUACCUGAAAUAAGUGCACGAGAUGUAAUUGAAGCAAUUGCUGAAAGUGCUUUCAAAACAUCAGAAUAUCCUGUUAUUCUUAGCUUUGAAAAUCAUUGUAAUCCAAGACAGCAAGCUAAAAUAGCUCAGUAUUGUAGAGAAUUAUUUGGAGAAAUGCUGCUAGACUCACCUCUUGAAUCUCAUAAGUUGGAACCAGGACAAGAGUUACCACCUCCAUCUUUAUUAAAACGUAAGAUUAUAAUCAAGAACAAAAAGAAACAUCAUCAUAAGAAAAAGGAGCAUAAGAAGAAGGAACCGACACCAAUAACAGAAUCUGAAGAAGGAAUUCAAGAAAACGAAGAUAACGGAGUAACGAAUCAAGUAGCAGAGGGAGAGAAUGGUACGUCACCAGAUAUUGUUCCUCAAGCUGAAACGACCGACAAUGAUCAGCAAAUUGGAAAUGGAGACAUUUCACAUCCUCCUAUGCUACAGCAGAGGCAAAGUAGUAAGGAUAGCACUCAGGAUGAUGAAGAUGAAGAAGAGGAAUCAAGCACAGAAGAGGAUGAAUCAAACGUGGAGGACAUUAAAUGUGAUAAAGUGCCUGCACCUGACAAAGUAGCAUCUAGCGCGAAAGAAACGGAAGCUGGAGCGGAAAUUUCAGCUUUAGUUAAUUAUGUACAACCUGUUCAUUUCAACAGUUUCGAAUCGGCUGAAAAAAAAAAUCGUAUGUACGAAAUGUCAUCAUUCGACGAAAAACAAGCUACGACACUUUUAAAAGAAAGACCAUUAGAAUUUGUAAAUUAUAAUAAACAUCAACUAUCUAGAGUGUACCCGGCAGGUACGCGUUUUGACUCUAGUAAUUUUAUGCCUCAAGUGUUUUGGAAUGCGGGUUGUCAGCUGGUUGCAUUAAAUUAUCAGACACUUGAUCUUGCAAUGCAAUUAAACUUGGGAAUUUUUGAAUAUAAUCAACGUUGCGGGUAUCUUCUGAAGCCAGAAUUUAUGAGACGAAAAGAUCAACGAUUGGAUCCUUUCGCGGAAUCAACUGUAGAUGGUAUUAUAGCAGGAACAGUUCAUAUACACGUAAUAUCGGCUCAGUUCUUAACAGACAAAAGAGUGGGUACUUACGUGGAAGUAGAUAUGUAUGGUUUACCAGCAGACACAGUGAGAAAGAGAUUUCGUACGAAAAUUGUUCCAAACAAUGGAAUUAACCCUGUGUACGACGAGGAACCUUUCAUAUUUAAAAAGGUUGUCCUGCCUGAACUUGCUUCAAUUAGAAUAGCUGCGUACGAGGAAUCAGGUCGUUUAAUUGGUCACAGAGUAUUACCUGUAGUUGGGUUAUGUCCGGGCUACCGACAUGUUGCUCUUAGAACAGAAUGUGGUCAACCAUUACCAUUAGCAAAUUUAUUUUUACACGUAAUUGUGAAGGAUUACGUACCAGAUGGGCUGAGUGAGCUUGCUGAAGCUUUGGCAAAUCCAAUUAAAUAUCAGAGUGAAACAGAAAAAAGGGAAAAGCAAUUAUCAGUUCUUACAGAUUGUGCAGAAGAUCUGGAGGAAAUUGAUGAUAAGCCUAAAGUUGGUGAAGGAGCAACUUCUUCUAAACCAGCUGAGGAAAUCGUUAAGACAAAAAGAUUACAAUCUGUCGGUGAAUUACCAACACUUGUUCCGACAUCUACGAAUGUUCAUGGUAGACCAUCUGUUGCUGGUAUAAACACGUCUGAUUCACAAGAUAAUGAACAUGGAACGUCGACACCUAUGGUUCAAGCCGUUGAUGCUUCUACAAAUAAAAGUCCAGUUAAUGUCAGCGGCAUGAGUGAUGAAAUAGUGGCUGAAUCGUUAGAAAAAUUAAUGGAGAACAAACUCGUUCGAGAGAAAAAAAUGGAGCUUGAGAAAAAACUCGAAUCAUUACGGAAAAAGCAUGAGAAGGAAAAAUUAAGAAUGCAAACGCAAAAAGGGUCUAUUGAUGGUGAAAAGCACAAAUCGAAAUUUUAUGUCAGCCAUAAAUUAGUGAAACGGUUGUCGAGUAGGAACAUUUUUUCAAGCGAAGUAGGGUUGAGCACGUUAGCUUUAGCAGAAACAUCAGAAUGCCCAGACAUAGAAAAUCGCGAAGGAAAUGGUGGAGCUCCAAAGGGACUUCCCAGAAGUCAGAGCGAACGUUUGCUGGCCGUAUGUAAAGCUCAUGUGCAACAAGAACGGGAACUUCAAGAAAAGUAUUAUGAAAGCCUGUUUUCAACAGUAGAGAAAGUAAUGAAAACCUCUCAAUCUAAUCAAUUAAAAACAUUGAGAGUACUUUUGGAACGAGAAACCGCCGAUGUUAUGAGAAAGCUUCAAGCCACGAGGCAUGGAGAAGUGAAACAGCUAGCAAAAGUACAUAAAGAUAAAGCCGAGCUAGAUCGUAUGAAGAGGGAAGUUGCAAAGUCCACGGUUGAAAAGGGCGUGAAUGAAUGUACACGGUUAACGAAAAUUUAUGAGAAAAAGAAGGCAGAGCUGGAACGACAGCACGAACAAGUUCGACAAAGACUAGAAGCAGAAAGGACAAAGAUCAAAGCAUCUCUAAUGGCAGAGUAUAGCAGUCGAUGUAGUAAAUUCGAGAGUGGGGAGCUACCUUUGUCACCAUCCGGCGGAACUAGUAUGCCGGAAUCUCUUAGUGGGAAUACGUAUUGAUUGACUAAAAUGAUCGAUAAUUUAAUAUCGAUGUCUCGUAAUGACAUGGUUGGAAUAUUCUCAAAUCCAUGGCAGUAAAAUGCUUUUGCUGAAAGCGUGUAUCUAUUUGGGAUGUUGAUAGUAACAGAUUGUGCGUUGCUCAUCCCAAACAAAAAGGGGUCGCAGCGGCGGUGUAAUGAUAGAAAAUUCGUGAAGUCUACGCAGUUACCUGUGUUUUGCUAAAAUAAUUUUAUUCAUUUCCAAAAAUCUCUUUUGCAAAACGUGCAGCAUUUAUAAGGUGAUAUAUGAUUUCGAUGAGCAGAACGCCAUCAGAUUAGAAGGUAAUUGUUAUAUAAUGUUUUGUCCACAAAGCAUUUUAUAAACGUCUUACGUACGAGGAAUGUCUUUUGAAAAGAUUUAAUGAUCUGAUAAGCAACAUUUUAACCAAUUGCUACGGAUAAAUGCAUUCAAACACGUGAAUCUCGUCGCAUAUGAGUUAUUAUGAAAGGUUCGGCGUUGAAUAACGCGUUAAGACUAUUUUCUAUUUACUCAAAGUUCUUUGAAAGAUUAGUAAUAUAUAUCGAUCGAUUGUUUAAUCGAUUGAUUCUCUGCGCAUGCGGGAACGCCAUUUUGAUCUCAACACGGAAAGUAGCAUUGACCAUUGCGUUCGCAAGGAUAGGAAGUUUAUCUUUUCUUUUCUUUUGUUUUCUUUUUUUAUUCGAUGUUACUUACGCAUAGUAUUAAACGCACUAUUCUCUUUAUAUAAAAGAUCAUUGUUGUCAGUGCCGAGAUUUUGUUCCAUUUUAAAAGCCAAUGAAAUUUCGGAAGGUAAGAGCGAAGAAUAUGACUAUGUGAGAGAGGUACACGAUUCUAAAUAAGAAUAAUGUUUCUAAGUGCUACUAUUUAACUUGUUAUUAUAUGUAUAAGAUGUUAUUUAAUUAACAAGUCGAUGUUAAAUCGCGUUCCAGGAUACUCGGGUUGUUUGUAAUACGAAAAAACAUUACUGAUCGGUGCGUUGGUCGGACUUUGCCGAAUUCAAAAUGUGACGAUAAAGGAAGUACGUUAGUGAGAGUGAAAUCUCUUUGGCCUAGAGGUAAGGAACGCGAUAAAGUUUACGAUUCGGAUGGGCGUGUGCGUGAUUUGAUAUAUUUUUGACUGAAAGUACUCCGUAUAAAGACAUUUUUUGAAUAGUUCGUAUUGUGAAUGAUAAAGAGAUCGUAUUGUAUAAAGAAAGCAAAUCUAGAAAAAACAAAAAAAAAAAAAAAUCAAAGAAGAAAAAAGAAACUAAA